AUGGGCACAAGCGACCCUACCUUUCCGCUCUACCCCAUCGCAGCUAUUCUUGCAUCCGCAGGCGCCCUUCUUGUCCUGACGACUAGUUUUGUUCGCCAAAACUGGAACAUCAGCGUGUGCUUCCUGUGUUUUUGGCUCUCCAUCGAGAACUUCCUUGGUGGUGUCAAUAGCAUCAUAUGGUCUGACAAUGCAGAUAUCAAAUUAUAUGUGUACUGCGACAUCGUGUCACGUCUGGAAAUUGUGACAUUCAUAGUCAAGCCUGCGACGACCCUGCUCAUUACACGCCGUCUUUAUCUUAUUACUGUCCGUCGAUCUGUACUAUCUCCUGAUGCCACAGAGAAGCGCCGCACUGCGAUCAUCGAGUGGACUCUUGGUCUGGCCUUACCUUUGCUGCUUGCGGGCCCUGUGUACUAUGUUAACCAAGACGGACGCUUUGCAGUGCACGAGGGUCUUGGAUGCACAAAUGCAUCAGAUGGGACUAUACUUUACCUCUUGCUUGAGCAGUCUUGGGCCGUGAUUUUGCCCUUUCUGUCUGUCACAAUCUACUACCCGAGGGUGGUAUGGAUGUGCUACCGACAAAGCAAAGAUAUAAACCGUUUCCUACGCAGCAAUGGCUCCGUCUCAAGCGCAAACUACUAUCGUAUACUUGCUCUGGCCAGUCUCGACAUACUACUCACAUUGCCAUUCAGCAUCACGAAUAUGAUUCUGAUUGUGUUCUCAGACAUCCGGGUCACCAAAAAUGCUACCAUCUUCUAUUUAGGUUGGGCGACCAUACACGAGAACAUGACGCCUCAGAGCGUACCUUAUCCUACAGUCCAAGCUUUUGGACUGGCUACGGUUGUUCAAUACUACUUUGCGCAGUGGACAUCACCGAUCCUUGCGUAUGCCGUCUUUGGACUUUUCGGCCUUACAGUAGAAGCUCGUGCCUCCUACUGGCGUAUCAUCUACACCGUCGGUCGCCGGCUCGGAUGGAAACCGACAAUGGAUGGUGGUCAUACAAGUUCGCAGCUGGGCACGAUAGAGUUUGGAGCACGGCAACAGGAUACCAGUACGAUGCUUGAUGCAGAGAUCGGUUCGCGUCCUGGCUUCAUCAAUGCCAACUUGGCUCCGGAGCCGGAUCGCGAAGCAGCAUUGCAAAGGGAUUCGUCCUCGGAUAGGAAUGCGAUGCACGAGUUUGAGCUGGCUGCGAAGGAGCCUGCUGAAGAUCUUCGGGGAUGGAGUCCAGAUCAAGAGGUUUCGCGCGGCCAAGAGGCCGUGGGUUCAACGACGGGUAACAUUGUUGAGACCCUCAAGCAUUGA